CAAUUGGGAGGCAGAGCUUAACCAGCUAUCGCAAUACCCAUACAAUACCAUACCACAUACCAAUUUAUCAUAAUGGCUGGUAAACGUAGGCGUGAUCAGGCCGUCGAUGCCGAGGUCUCUGCCCCUCCCGACUCCUCUACACAAGCCAAAAACACGACCAAGGCAGAAAAGCCAGAACAAGCCGUCAAGGAGCCAGCCUCCAAGAGAGCUAGAGUCGAGGCCAGCAGGUCUCUUUUUGUUCGAUCGCUACCUCAGAAUGCCACUGCCGAGUCUUUGACUGAUUUCUUCUCCCAACACUAUCCUGUGAAGCAUGCCACCGUGGUUCUUGACCCUGCUACGAAAACCUCGAGAGGUUAUGGUUUCGUCACCUUCACUGACCCCGACGAUGCCAUCGACGCCACAAAAAAGCUGCAACACCACAAGCUCGAUGGUCGAACCAUUAGCUUGGAGGUUGCUGAACCGAGACAACGCAAACCUACAGCAACAUCGGCGGCAGCCGCAACGAAGAAGGUGGACAGGCAAGCAGCCCUAGCGGAGGCGAAAAAAGCACCCAAACUGAUUAUUCGUAAUUUGCCUUGGAGUAUCAAAACGAAAGAUCAAUUGGGAGCCCUGUUCCACAGCUAUGGCAAGGUAAAGUACGCCGAUUUGCCCCAAUCAAAGGGCAAGUUGUCAGGCUUUGGCUUUGUCACCAUCCGCGGCCGCAAGAAUGCAGAGAAGGCUUUGGCAGAGUUGAAUGGCAAGAUCAUCGACGACAGAACCCUGGCAGUCGAUUGGGCAGUGGAGAAGAAGGAUUGGGAGAAACAGCAAGGCGCACAGGCUGAAGACAAAAAGGUCGAGGCCAAGUCGAAGUCGAAGUCAAAGUCAAAGUCAGCAGAUGCUGCCGCUGACACCAACGUGGAAGACGACGACGAGGAUAAAAACAAGGCCGAAGAUGAAGAAGAAGACGAAGAUCUUCGCAACUUCAUGAAGAACCAUAUGGAAAACCUAGAGGAUGAGGAUAGUGAUGCUGAGAAGGAAGACGAGGACGAAGACGAAGAUGACGAAGACAACGGCUCAACUUCCAAUGAUAAGGAGACUAAGCCACCGCCAAAGAGGCUUAUGACCAGCAAUGACACUACCAUUUUCAUUCGCAACUUGCCAUUCUCAACAACAGAUGCCGGACUCAAGUCUCAUUUUGAGCAAUUCGGCAGUAUCCGCUACGCUCGUGUGGUGAUAGACCGCGCCACAGACCGACCAGCUGGAACUGGCUUCGUCUGCUUUUUCAAUGAAGAGGAAUUUAAGGCUUGCCUGAAGGGAGCUCCCCGCCCGCGCGUCUCCGACACUGCUGGCAAGCGAUCCAUUUUACAAGAUGAGAUGGCCGAUGCGCAAGGUCUUUACACGCUCGAGGGCCGCGUACUCCAAGUGUCACAAGCUGUGAACAAGGAUGAGGCAAGCCGUCUCACCGCCACUGGGGUUGCUUCCCGAGAUGAUAAGGCCAAGGACAAGAGGCGUCUAUACCUCCUUGCCGAGGGUAGCAUUUCAAGGGACUCUCCAUUGCACGCGCUUCUAUCCACUGCCGAGGUGCAGAUGAGAGAUGACAGCGCCGCCCAGAGAAAGAAGCUCAUUCAAAGCAACCCUAGUUUACAUCUCAGUCUUACGCGACUCGCUAUUCGCAAUCUUCCCCGGAACAUCACAUCUAAAGACCUCAAAGCUCUGGCUCGCGAGGCAAUUGUUGGAUUUGCCAAAGAUGUCAAGGAAGGCAAACGAGAGCCGCUUUCCAGAGAGGAGAUUAUUCGCGGUGGUAUUGAGGAGAAAGAGGCUGAACGCAAGCGAAAGGAAAAGGGGAAGGGUGUAGUCAAGCAAACCAAGAUCGUAUUUGAGAACACAGAGGGCACCAAGGUUGGAGAAGGGGAUGGUGCUGGUAAGAGUCGUGGCUACGGAUUCGUCGAGUAUUACACGCAUCGAGCAGCGCUUAUGGGCCUGAGAUGGCUGAACGGCCAUGCUCUUAAGAAUCACCUUGGAAAGACGCAGAGACUCAUUGUUGAAUUUGCCAUUGAGAAUGCGCAAGUUGUGGCCAGACGCAAGGAUAUUGAAUUCAAGUCCAACCAGGGGCCCCGACAGCCCGCGAACGAACCCAAGCCGACCUCUUUCAGUGCUGCAGCUCGCCCCAACAAGAAAGGCGCUGCAGCCGGCGGGGAUGCUGGCAAGAGCGGAAAAUCUGCGAGCGCAAAGCAGACGGAAGAAAAGGCACUGGAGCAGACAAUCAUUGGCAGGAAACGGCUCAUGAGGAAAAAGAAGGCUGGUACACGCGGCGGGAAGUAAAGGGGCGAACUUCUGAAGCAUCCGAUAGCACUUACGAAGGACAAAUUGUAGUCAAU